UUCGUUAACGCUGACGCUCGAUGUCACACUUUGCGUUACGCUGUUUCUAUCUCGCCCGUUCUGCCUUCGCUGCCGUAUAACACCAUCACGCUCGCACGACUGCACGACGAAUACCCCUACCAUCGUGAGCACGACCAACGCUGCAGGGGUGCUCAACCGUUUCCUCGCUUUCCGAACUCGACCGAGCAGUGCGCACACUAUCGACUCGCCCUUGCGAGCCCCUGCCAGCGCAUGCGCGUACGAGCAAGCGAGCGAGCGAGCGAACGAUCGAGUUGGCUACGCGAUAUGAUAUAUUUUUUGACAAAACGAAUAUCGUUUAUUAAUACGGUUAUAGGUGCGAUUUACACUUUUUUAAGUUGAUUUCCAGUUUUUUUAGUUUAGUUUGAGUAUUAGGUUAAUUUCUUUAGGUGCGCAUGGUGAAGUAUAGUGUAGUGUAGUUUAGAAAAGUGUUGUGUAUUGUAGUGUAGUUUAGUACGCAGGGCAGUGUAGAUUUAGUGUAAGGAGAUUAUUUUCGUAACGUACGUUUCGUGUACGUUUUGUGGUUCAAUUUGUUGUUCCUGCGUGGAACGUGUGUUCCUGUGUUCCUGUGUUCCUGUGUUUCUGUGUUCCGGCGUUUUCUUGCAAUUCUGUUUUUGCUACGAUAUGGAGCAUAAUGAGGAAAGUGUGGGCAACGGUUGCCCUAUGAUUGACAUCAUGUCAGCCCCAGUUACAGAACCCUAUCCACAAACCAUGCAGCCCUCCGUAAGUGAUAUCGUCUCACAGAAUCUCACUCCACCGGAAGAAACUCCGAACGAAAAGAAAGCAAGGCUUCAAAGGAAGCGACAGGCGUUGUACAGGGCCAAGAAGCGCCUCCCGGGUGCAGCUCCUACGCUGGCAGCUGUACAGGACGACCAACAGGCUGUACCUUCAACUUUGGCCGGGUCAUCCUUAUCAGCAGCUUCUGCAAUCCUGCAACAACAACAACGAAGGAAUACGGACGACGAAUUGCUCAAUGAAAUCGCUGGACGAUACUCCACCCCACCGGAUGAAACACCACCCGAGAAGAAGGCAAGGCUCGCCAGAAAGCGACAAGCGCUGUACAGGGCCAAGAAGCGCCUCGCGGGAGCAGCUCCUACGGUGGCAGCUGUACAGGACGACCAACAGGCUGUACCGUCUACUUCGGCCGGGACAUCCUUAUCAGGAGCUCCAGCAAUCUUGCAACAACAACAACUACGAAGGAAUAUUGACGAUGAUUUGCUCAAUGAAAUCGCUGGACGGUACUCCACCCCACCGGAUGAAACACCACCCGAGAAGAAGGCAAGGCUCGCCAGAAAGCGACAGGCACUGUACAAUGCCAGGAAGCGCAUGGUGCAAACUCCGAAUGUCGCAACUGUGGUCAACCGCGCCCCAGCACCAGCAUCAGCACCAGUACCAGCACCAGCACCAGCACCAACACCAGCAUUGGUAGACCCAACUGCAGCAGUUGCUAUCCGAGUGCCAAUACAUCAGCAGCUACAAACAUACGUGCGCCAUCUUCGCGACCAUGAAGCAGAUCAGCAGCGACAAUUCAUAGCCCGGCGUCGUAUGACCGGCCAUCUGAGAAUAGCACAUGGGAACCAUGAGUCGUACAGUUGUCCCUCGCUUCAUACGCUUGCACCACGCGUGCCUUGCAAUUUCUGUUCCGCUCUCAAGUGGCCUGGAGAGCCGCCCUCUUAGUGCUGCAACAGUGGACAAGUUGUGCUUCCACCGUUUCCCGAACCGCCAGCAGAGUUGCGCCAACUAUUUGACGUGCCGCAAUUUCUGCUCAACAUCCGGCGAUACAAUAAUGCGUUUGCCUUCACCUCUAUCGGUGCCUCAAUACGAGGAAAUGACCCAGUACGCCAGGAUCUACGAGUCGGUCACGGUGGAAUUUACAACUAUCGCAUACAAGGUGCGCUUUGCCAUCGAAUCGGUUCGCUCGCUGUGCUUCCAGGACGUCCACCAUGCUACGCACAGCUGUACUUUUAUGAUUCAAGCUCGGAGGGUCAGUACGACGAAAUGCUGAACGCUCGGGCCAUAGCAUAUGGUAGUGAGCUGAAUCGUGAAAUAUUGGCCAUUUUGCAACGUGUUUUUUCGACUCACAAUCCGAUUGCAGAGAUGUUUAAGCAUGCGUACGAACCGUUCGGUCGAUACAUUGGUCAACCCGGAGGAACACGAGCAUCUGCAACUUCCUUCCGAAUACUUGAACACACUCAAUGUCAGCGGCAUCCCAGUGCAUCGCUUGCGGCUAAAACGAUUUGCACCAGUACUUUUAUUGCGCAAUCUUAAUUCCGACAUGGGAUUGUGUAACGGUACGCGUUUGCAAAUUGUAGGCCUAAAGCGAAACUGUUUACACGCUAAAAUUCUGACAGGCACGCGGAGAGACGAAGACGUCCUGCUUCCACGGAUCUUCUGUGACAGCAACGAUAAGGGUCACCCGUUCCAGAUCCGCCGUAAACAGUUUCCGGUGCAAGUGUGCUUUGCGAUGACCAUCAACAAGUCGCAAGGGCAAUCGCUUCACCAUUUGGGCCUAUAUCUGCCGCAAGAUGUUUUCGCCCAUGGCCAGCUAUACGUUGCACUCUCGCGGGUGACAUCACGAGCGAACAUUGCUGUGCUGAUACCGAACCCGAAACGCGCUGACGAGGAAGGUGUCUCCACAAGCAACAUCGUCUACCGAGAGGUCGUUGACAGAUGAUUCUUCUACUGAACCAGAGUGUGACGUAAUUACUGAAAACAGAAAAUUAGACAUUACAUAAAUAUAAAUAUCCAUUCUUUCAGUUUGAACCGGCUAUUCACUAACAAUACAU